CCCCUGCAGUGUUGCGCUCCGCGCUGGAUACAUUCAGCCGCUCCGGAGAGAAGCGGCGGCGGCGCCGGCACCGGGACAGGGGGAGCGGAGGAGCCCGCACCGGGUGGAGCGGGGCCGGGAGCGAAGGAGCAGAGACUGGAACCGGGGGAGCCGGGAGCGGUGUUGAGGACGGAGGGAGAACUGCGAGAAGCAGCGAAGCCUGGGCUGAAGGAGCGGGUCCCGGGCAGCGGAGCCCGGAGCUGAAGAGCUCGGAGUCCGGAGCGAAGGCAGCGGCUGAGGCUGUGCUCCGGACCGGCUCUCGGACAUGAGUUUCUCGGGCACCAGGACCCUGAGCAGCGCCGCCCAGAAAGCCGAGGCGGUCGUGAUGAAGGUGAAGUCGGCGCCGGAGGGGGUGUGGGCGACCACCGAGGAGGAGCUGCUGAAGAAGGAGAGCGUGACCCCGGACGACGUGCUGGGGCUACAGAGAAUCACCCAGGGGUACCUGUGCGCCCCUGAGGACAACGUCUACAACAUUGACUUCACGAGGUUCAAGAUCCGGGACAUGGAGUCGGGGGCCGUGCUGUUUGAGAUCACCAAGCCCCCCGCGGCGGAGCGGGAUCAGUGUGACCGCAAGGAGACCGAUGCCAAUGCCGGACGGUUCGUGCGCUACCAGUUCACGCCCGCCUUCCUGCGUCUGCGUCAGGUCGGCGCCACGGUGGAGUUCACUGUGGGUGACAAACCCAUCAACAAUUUCCGGAUGAUCGAGAGGCACUACUUCCGGGAGCAGCUGCUCAAGAGCUUUGACUUUGAGUUUGGUUUCUGCAUCCCCGGCAGCAAGAACACCUGCGAGCACAUCUACGACUUUCCCCAGUUGUCCGAGGAGCUGAUCCAGGAGAUGUCCGCCCGGCCCUACCACACCCGCUCCGAUAGCUUCUACUUUGUGGACAACAAGCUGGUGAUGCACAACAAGGCCGACUACGCCUACGGGAGCGGCCCCUGAGCCCCCCGGACCCCGGACCCCUGGAGCCACGACGUCGCCAGGACCUCUCCUCAGCACUCUCGGAACACACCCCCUCCCCCUCAUCCCGGGCUGUCUCCCCAGGGGAUUAUUCCCGUGGCACCCAGGGGUGCUGCCUGUCUACUGGGGACCGGUAACUGGGUGAUGUACUGGUAGUGUAGGGUGGUUACUUGUGGACCCGAGUCUGUGCUCUUCUCCCCCCCACCCCUCCCCCAGGGGGAUGGAUCCCAGACAAGGCACCUCGCACAUGGUCAGGGCCACCCAUGGGUGCUGCUCCCACCCAUUGACUGCCCGGCAGAGGGUGUGCAGGAUCCCACGGUCCUGGUGGGG